AUGGCCUGGACCCCUCUGCUCCUCGCGCUGCUCACUUACUGCUCAGGUUCUCUGGCCCAGUACGUGCUGACUCAGCCGCCCUCAGUGUCUGUGUCUCCAGGGCAAAAGGCUCAACUCACCUGCUCAGGGAACAACAUUGGUAGCAAUGUUGUGAGCUGGUACCAACAGAAACCUGGCAGCGCCCCCGUACUCGUUAUAUAUGCAGAUAGUGAGAGACCCUCCGGAAUCCCUGAUCGAUUCUCUGGUGCCAACUCCGGUAACACGGCCACGUUAACCAUCACUGGAGUCCAGGUGCAGGACGAGGCUGAUUAUUACUGUCAGGUGUGGGACGAUGACAGUAGCACGUGGAUCUUCGGUGGAGGAACCCAGCUGACCGUCCUUGGUCAGCCAAAGGCAUCUCCUACAGUGCACCUCUUCCCUCCAUCCUCUGAAGAGAUAAAAACAAAGAGCAAAGCCACACUGGUGUGUCUGCUGGGCAGCUUUUACCCAGGGGCAGUCCAAGUCACCUGGAAAGCUGAUGGCCAGCAGAUCUCCACUGGAGUGGAGACGACCAAACCCUCCAAACAGAGUGACAACAAGUACAUGGCCAGCAGUUACCUGUCACUGGAUGCAUCAAAGUGGAAGACCCAUGAGACCUACACCUGUCAUGUGACACACGAUGGGAAGGACAUCGAGAAGUCCCUGAAGAGCUCAGAGUGUUCUUAACACUCUGACCCCCAGACGGCUUGGCUGGUUCCCGUGUCAAGUCUGUAGGGGGUUCCCCAAGGGAGCCAGGAUCUGCCUGUAGCAUUCUCAUAAUGCUGAUUUCCAGCAAAUGUGCUUCCUGUUUUAGGUGGGGGAUUUUAUCAAUCCAUUUGACACCUGUCUUUAUUCCCACGUCCCCACUGCUCUCACCCCCCUGCAUUCCCUGGAAAUGUCCUUCCUGCUUUAGUCUCUGAUGCAGCCUUGUUAUGAUAUUAAUAAAAUCUGAAAAAAUUGACUAUUACUGUGACUGUGAAGAGUUUAACUUCUUCUGUCCCUUUUACACCUCAUGUAUUAAUUGCAAUAUUCACCUUAUCUUCCAAUAAAAUCAAUUUCCC